AUGCCACAGGAACGCGAAAUUGCUUAUGAGGGCGAAUCAGAGAUGCAAGGGGUUGAGUUGCGGAAAGGCGCGGAGUAUGCACUGGUAAACUCCGAGCCGGAGUUUACGGCGCAAGCGGCGACAAACGGCGAAGAGGAAGGGGCCCGCAUGGUGGAUAGUGAUGGGAGACGGAAGCGCAAAUUCCCGUACUGUGAUAUAAUUUCUCAUGGCGGCAUGCUCUCCGGCGCCUACAACCUUGCCUCGGUGACGCUUGGUUCUGGAAUCAUCACUCUCCCAUCCGCGUUCAACGGCACAGGCAUUGUGCUGUCCCUGAUUAUUCUUGUUUUCAUCUCCGCGGCGACGGUGUACUCAACCUACAUCUUGGCUUUGGUGGUUGAGAAGACCGGGUUUCAGGGGUAUGAGAAGCUGGCGCGCGGCCUGCUGGGGCGUGGGUGGGACUUCUGGGCGGCCUUCAAUAUGUGGAUGUUUUGCUUCGGGUCGUGUGUCUCUUACGUGAUCUCCGUGGGCGACAUGCUGACCCCUAUUCUGGACGAUCCCUCCCUGACCCCGUUCCUGCGAACAGUCUGGGGAAAGCGCUGCCUGGUGAUAGUGAUAUGGGCCUGUGUGAUGCUGCCGCUUUCGAUUCCAAAGCAAAUCAAUUCCCUGCGCUACGCCUCGGUCGUGGGUGUCUCCUUUAUGAUGUUCUUCGUCCUCACUAUUGUGGUGCACGCCGUGCGAGGGUUUGAGCAGGGAAAACCGCGCCAUGAACUGAAACUCUUUCGCUCAGGCAACGGCGUCAUCGUUGGAUUCUCGCUCUUUAUUUUUGCAUUCUUGUGCCAAACAAACUGCCUUGAGGUAUACGCAGAAAUGCGAAAACCAGCGCCCCGACGCAUGGCACGGGACACCGCACUUAGUAUGGUUGUGUGCUGCCUCCUCUACAUUCUGGCUGGCUUCUUUGGGUAUGCAGACUUUGGUGACCGCAUCACCGAUUCAAUUCUGCUCUACUACAAUGUCCGCGAGGAUCCCAUGGUUGCCGUCGCGUAUGCCGGUCUCGCCUUCAAGCUUUGCGUCGGAUUUGCCAUAUGCAUGCAGCCUUCGCGGGACUCCGUGUACCACUGCAUUGGGUGGCAUGUCACCACCAUGCCCUUCUGGAAGAACGCCGUGUGCUGCACCGCACUCUCUAUCAUUGCCCUCUUGCUAGGACUAUUUAUCCCCAGCAUCACCAUUGUCUUCAGUCUUGUGGGGAGCCUCUGCGGUGGGUUUUUGGGCUUCAUCUUCCCCUCGCUCUUCUACAUGUACGCUGGGAACUGGACCCGGAAGAGUGUCGGCUGGUCACACUACCUCGCCACGUAUUUUCUGCUCCUUUCUGGUGUUGUGGCGGUCGUUUUUGGUACCACCGCCUCCAUUUUUGGAGUCGUGCAGGAUCAUUGA